UAAGAACGAAGAAAGAAACCUGGAACCCAGCAGCCUUGCGGAGGCGGAGGCUGGCUACCGCAAGACGAAGGUGCGCGCACACUGCGAUUUCUUGGAAUUACAUCUUUGCAAGCUGAAUAUUGUUGGAAAAUAUUAGACUUUGUUUCAUAACAUGGAUUUUCUUGAACCAGCAUUAGCCUUAGAUGAGACACAUUAUCACGAGGGUUAUAGAAAUGGGUAUGAUGAUGGCCUGGUAUCUGGAAAGGAAGAGGGGAGGCAGGUUGGCUUAAAGAAUGGUUUCCAGGUAGGCGAAGAACUGGGAUUCUAUCAGGGCUGCUUGGAUGUGUGGAUGUCAGUAAUUCGCCUCGAUCAAGAUGCAUUCUCAGCUCGUGUGAGGAAAUACAUGGAGCAACUAGCUGCACUUGUGAGCAACUAUCCUUUGUCUGAUCCAGAGGAUGAGCAGCUUCAAGGCAUGAUGAGGGAGAUACGGCUGAAAUUCAGCGUUAUCACAGGAAGCUUAGGAGCAAAAUUGGGGUAUGAAGGUCGCCCCACAUCAUCUGAGCAAGACAUUGAGGAUAUGUAGCUUGUUUAGAAUUACCGAAAGGUCCCUUGUGGUAUCAAGUCUCAGUCACCACCUUGAAACUGAUAUUUGGUGCCAAUAUCGUUUCUCUUUUGAUUUUGUACUUAUGAUGAUGUUCUGUUUCACGUAUUGUGCUGCCACUGGGAUAACGGAGGAUAUCUGGAGCACUCUAGAUGUAUCUAACGUCCGCUGCAAAAUCUUCAAACUUGAGAGGAUUUUUGGGGUCACGUUGUUCAUUAUAUAUGUGGUCUUCUCUUUUCAAGAUGAGAUGAUUUUCUUCACUGUAUCUAGAAGAUUUUGGGAAUACAUGUUUUAUGCCAGUCGCAUAUAUUUCCA